AUGGCAGCACAGUGUAAACGUACGUCCGCGUUCGCGUUUGCCAGCGUGAAGUUCGUACUCGUUUUUCUUUCGCUGCUGACGUUAAUAUUCUGUACCUUCCUUGCUUUACGUUUCUCACAAUUCGGCCGAAUAGUUUACGCUCUGACUCAAGAUGGUGCUGCGGAGGUCAUCAGCCUAGCCCGGAAGGAACGCCCGAAGCAAGACGGCGAGAAGCUCAUGCCGAAUGCCAACGGUGGAUCUUGUUUCGCUUACGGAACAAACGCAUCUGUAAGCAAUAAUUCUUGCGUGUGUCUACAGGGCUGGAACGGAGAUACUUGCUCAGUGCCUCAGGUCCUAUGGAUGGACCGCGGUGUUCGAAGAUGGUACGCUCAAGGUAUCAUCAAGCGCCGUCCUCGACCUCGCAUGAUCAUCAAUUUGUUUAUGUUCAACCACGAGAUUGACAUGUUAGACAUCCGGAUUCAUGUUUUGGGUGACACGGUAGACUACUACGUGGUGUGCGAGUCCAACUACACUUUGUUUGGUAGCCCCAAGCAGCUCUACCUCAGCUCCAAUCUCUCUGCUGGGUUCCUCUCGGAGCACAGACACAAAAUCGUCCUCCUGAAGAGCGGAUUCAAUUACGCAAUAGACAAAGAUCAUUGGGCGCCAGAGAAUAACCUCCGAAGUCUUCUGUGGAAGGAGGGCCGGCAUCGGUUCAAGAAUCUGCGUGACGACGACCUCCUCAUGCUAAACGACGCGGACGAAAUUCCCAGUAGGGAGGUGAUGCUCUUUCUAAAGUACCACGAUGGUUACAGAGAGCCGAUCGUGUUGUACCUCCGGUGGUUCUUCUACGGCUUUUUCUGGGAGAACUACUUGCCAUCUAUAGUGCCCAGCAUCUGCACUGUAGCUUACCUUCGAGAGGUAUAUGGCGACGACUCAAACCUCGUGCGCAGGAACGAACACCCUCGAGAUAUUCCACCUGCUGGGACUAGCACAGGAACACAAUGGACUCCGUGGGCGAUAAGAGGUGUGCAGCCAAACUACGCCGGUUGGCAUUGCUCCUGGUGUUUUAAUGUUUCGGGAAUUCAGCACAAACUAAUGUCGGCUCAGAGAGACGACGGAAUUCGAUGGGGAGACUUGGCAAAAAAGCGCGAUCCUGAGUACAUUAUGCGUCUCAGGAAGGAAGGUAAACUUUUUGACGAGCGUCAGCCGCUCAAGAGCACCGACAGCUACCAAGCUGCUCCUGCCUACCUUUUGCAAGACGUAAGGCGAUGGCUUCACUUAUUGAUUCCCUAA